UCCGGUGCGCGCUCUUGCUCCAGACGAAAUAGCCGGGCCGUAGGAGGUGAGAACAACCCGCCUCAGCAGCACCGAUACCAGGCUCCACGUUUGUUCCAGGCACCGGAGAAAGUAGCAGCAUGUCUGAGGAGAAGCCAAAGGAAGGAGUGAAGACGGAGAACGACCACAUCAACCUGAAGGUAGCAGGUCAGGAUGGAUCAGUGGUCCAGUUCAAGAUCAAGAGGCACACUCCGCUCAGCAAACUCAUGAAGGCGUACUGCGAAAGACAGGCAAGCUCAGCCCCCCCUUACAACUUCAGACUUUACAUCACAACAGCUGGUUUCAGUUUUGAUUUUGAGUUGUAUUUUUGUCUUUCACAGGGGCUUUCAAUUCGUCAGAUAAGGUUUAGGUUUGAUGGACAGCCGAUCAAUGAAACAGACACACCUGCACAGCUGGAGAUGGAAGAUGAGGACACAAUUGAUGUAUUUCAGCAACAAACAGGAGGAGUCUACUAAGUGGCAUUUGGACUAUUGGUGUAAUGUCAGAUUUUGUUCAUGUUGUAUUGUUUAUUUCUACAAGUUAAGUUUUUUUUUGUUUUGUUUUGUUUUAGUUUGUUUUUUUCCUUUUCUAUGCGUGGCUUAAUGCCAAGCUCAUGUUUUUGGGGAUGGAGGGUAGGGCAAUCCUAAGUCUGAAGUAAUGCAGGGGAGCCCUUUUAAAAGUGUUUUAUUCUCCUAAAUGAACUAUUUGUCUGAAGCUGAGGCUUACCUCAGAUCGGACAUCUUGUAAAAGGAGGGAUUGUGUGAUAAGAUGUGCUCAAAAACUCUUGAAUCAUAAGCCUUAUUCUGUUUUGCAAGUUAUAAGCAUUUAGACUUAAAACGGGUUCAAAUAUUUUAAUUGACGUACUGGUUAAGAUAUUGUGUGAAAUUCUCCUCUGCUUGAGGCUGAUUCUGAUGUCUGGUAGCAUUUUUACAACCAUGUAUCAUAUUUAACAUAAACAGGAGAAAAUCUUGUGCAACAAACAGUUAAAUAUCCAUAUUAUAUUUAAAGUCAAUCUAAAUAGUGUAUGGUUUGCAGGACCAAAAAUGUGGAUCUCUAAGGGUUGUAGAUGUAUAAGCUACUGUACAUUGUUGGUUCCUUAGUCGUACGUAGGGAAAUCUGUUUCCUUCACUUGUAAAUUGACUUUGUCACAUGUAACUAAACUUUCAGAGCGGAAAAACAGCUCACCUUUUUGGUCCAUUACAGGUGCAUUUGUAUACAUACAAAGUCAUGCAAACUGUCUUGACAAUUUUUGAAUAGGUUUGUAAAAAGUUCAUCACAUCUUUUUUGUUAGCUGCUUAUUGUUUGAUUACUGGGAUUUUUUUUUUUCUUUUUUUUUUCUUACUUUAAGAAUGUCCUCCGGUGUUCUAAAUUUAACUUUUUAGAGCAUGUAGAGACAUUAGAUUUUCAUCAUUUGUACAUUAUUUGUCCCUGUUCUGUGUACAAUAAAUAUAGUUUGAUACCUCUUGAAUUGUGCUUAUGCCUGACCUUCAUU